AUGGAGGGUAAGAGAAGGGCUGAGAGUCAAAUAAAUUUGUUUAGAGAGGUGUUCGAGGAUUGUGGAUUAGGGGACCUUGGCUGUUCUGGCCAUGGAUUUACUUGCUCCAAUAAGCAUUCUGAUCAAUCUUUUACAAAAGAAAGGUUGGAUAGGUUUGUGGUGAAUGACAAAUGCAAGUCUCUAUAUAAAGAAAUGAGAGUAGAGGCUUUGAGUGGAAGGUGUUCAGAUCAUUUGCCAAUACUAUUAUCUAUGGAUGAAGGUGAGCAAAGUAGGAUGAGAAAACUUUUUCCUUUUAGAUUUGAAGCUUGUUGGAUUAAGCAGGAGGAAUGUGUUGUAAUUAGAAGAGGAUGGGUGAAAGGGCAGUCUAUUGCAGAACCUUUUCAGAGAUUUCAAGCCAGACUCAAGAUUUGUAGUGGUUCCUUAUCUUCAUACUUUAAAAGAAGCGAUAAGGGGAGAGGGGGGAAGAUUGAACAGAUGUCAUGCAAGAUUAAGAAAAUUCAAGAAAAUUUAUGUCAGGAAAAUAUGGAGGAGUUGAAGGCUUUGCAAGAAAAGGUUGGUGUGUUAUUGGAGAAAGAAGAUGUGAAGUGGAAGCAGCGUGCAAAGAGAAACUGGUUCAACUUGGGGUUAAAAAUGCUAGAUACUUUCAUGAGUGUGCAAAUCAUAGGAGGAAAAUGA